AUGAGUUUAUUAUUUAUACAUAAAUUAAAUUGUGAUUGAACCCUUUUCCACUCUGAAAUUCAACCUCCGGCGAUGGCGCCGACUAAAGGGAAAGGAAAUGGGAAAAGGAAAGGCAAAGGGAAUUCGAAGAAAACAAAAUGCAAAGCAACUUCCGACGUGUAUUUACCAAAAGAAAUCAUUUCUAACAUCCUUUCUUGUCUCCCUGUGAAAACCCUUUUACGAUUCAGGUGUGUUUGCAAGAAAUGGCGAAAGCUCAUUUCUAAGCCCAACUUCAUUGCCUCACAUUUCCGCCGCUCUUCUUCUUUGCAGCAGUGUGGUUCCUCCAUUCUUAUACACACUCGUCAUGCCGAGUCCUUUGCUCACGUGCUCUCGAUGUACAACCCACCCGAAUCGAUUGUCGAGCUGGACAACCCUUUUCCACGCUUCCUUCCCAGUAUGUCCAUUGUGGGUCCUGUCAGUGGCAUUGUCUGCCUUUUUGAGCCACCUUGGGGUGAUGUGGUUACCCUUUGGAACCCAGCAAUGAGGCGGUCUAGGAGGGUGCCGCUUUUGGAGAACAUACCCCUUAUGGGAGGAGGGUACUGUUGGGUGUCUAUUGGACUGGCGUUUGAUUAUGAAGAAAAUGAUUUGUUAAUACUGAGAAUCUUUUGUCUCGGGCCGGAUGCUACUGACCCGAACCCUGUGGAACUGUAUUCAACGAAGAAUCUCCGAUGGAAGAAGCUUAAAAAUGAGCUGGUUUGUCAUAUUGUUAGCUGUACUAGCAUUGCUAUCAUUAAAGGGGUGCCUUAUUGGUUGGCAUUUGCUACUGAUGAAAUUGGGUCUCAUAUGGUGUUGGUGCGCUUUGAUGUGGGUAGAAAAGUCUUUGCAAAGCUACCAAUGCUAGGAACCAGAGAAAAGACCAAGCAGAACUUUGUUGUCAUAGAGAAUUGUCUUGGUAUGCUAACCUGGGAGGAAAGAGACAAUUCCUACGUUGAUGUUUGGGUAAUGGAUGAUGAAGAUGGUUGGAGUAAGAAAUGCAAGGUAGGACCAUUAUUCGGGUUUGACAGAAUUGUGGGCUGUUUAAGGAAUGGUGACAUUGUAGCCGAGAAUGAAUACGGGGUGUUGUUGUAUGAUCCAGUGACUAGUUCAGUUAAGGCAAAAUUGAGUGUGGAUUAUGCUAUAAAGAAUUCGUAUGUGAUUUUGGACUAUUUGGAGAGCCUAGUUCAGAUUGAAGGCAUGACGUUUGUCAAGAAGUAAGACCCUAGAGACAAGGAGCGCAAAAACCUCAUAAGGGAUUGCAGAAACUAUGCAGAGACAACCCUCUCGUGAUCUUGGGCUAUCUGGCUUGCUCGAAAGGCACUCUGUUUGCCCAUAUUUUACUUACCUCAGUGAUGGAUGCAAAAACUUUUUGACCGUCUUUUUAGUUGGUAGGUGGUAGAUGUAUGUUGUUUUGUUACAACCCUCUGAUGUUUAAACUUGAAAGGUGCAACUCUGAUUAUUGAACUAAUUUCUGUCUCCCGUUGCACUCAUCAAUUAGUAUUUGGUGAAUUUUGUGUACAAUACUUUUUAGAGUUUUAUUUCGCUUCAUUACA